AGCGGGGGGCGGGGGCGAGACGGCGACGGGCUGGUCUCUCACUGUGUUACGGCCGAGGCUCGCGGGCGCUGCGCGGAGGACUGAGUGGAGGCGCGGCCUGCCUCCCUCCAUAGAGUGGCGCGCCCGCUCGGCCGACCCGCGGGGAACGAGAGCCAGGCUGCUUCGCGGCGCCGCGGCGCACGCUUCCUGGGAGUUGGUGAUUGUCUUUGAAGAAACAUGAAGUCACGCUCUGUUGUUACGCUUACUGUAGCCAUCCUGGUGUUCCUGACAUGGGUCCCCAUGUCACUGAGUUGUAACAAAGCACUCUGUGCUAGUGAUGUGAGCAAAUGCCUCAUUCAGGAGCUCUGCCAGUGCCGACCUGGAGAAGGAAAUUGUUCCUGCUGUAAGGAGUGUAUGCUGUGUCUUGGGACGCUUUGGGAUGAGUGCUGUGACUGUGUUGGUAUGUGUAAUCCUCGAAACUACAGUGACACGCCUCCAACUUCAAAGAGCACAGUGGAGGAGCUUCAUGAACCCAUCCCUUCUCUCUUCCGGGCACUCACAGAAGGAGACACUCAGUUGAACUGGAACAUUGUUUCCUUCCCUGUUGCAGAAGAACUUUCACAUCAUGAGAAUCUUGUUUCAUUUUUAGAAACUGUGAACCAGCCACACCACCAAAAUGUGUCUGUUCCCAGCAAUAAUGUUCAUGCACCUUAUUCCAGUGACAAAGAACACAUGUGUACUGUGGUUUAUUUUGAUGACUGCAUGUCCAUACAUCAGUGUAAAAUAUCCUGCGAGUCCAUGGGGGCAUCCAAAUAUCGCUGGUUCCAUAACGCCUGCUGUGAGUGCAUUGGUCCAGAGUGUAUCGACUAUGGUAGUAAAACUGUCAAAUGUAUGAACUGCAUGUUUUAGAGAAGGAAAUGGUAUGCACACCAAAGCAAUUUAGUCAAGGGUAUGAAAAGCUAUUCAGUGAUGUUACUGGUUGCACCCAAAUGCCAGCAGGUUGGGAAGAUGUGAAGAGUUUGGAUUGAGUUACUUCUAAAGUAUGACAAAUCCGGGAUUGUGUUAAAUUAUGUUUAUAACUGCUCUUAUUGAUCUUACUGCCCCCUGGUAGCGAUAAACCCUUUCUUCUAAACACAUGUACAGCUUUGAUCACGUGAGAAGCAAGUGCAUAGAGAACACCUUGAGAGAGGAGAGGUUUCUAACACAAAGCCUGGUGUCAUUUUCUUGUCACAUUCCAGAAGCCUUUUGUGUCGAAGGUUUACAGCAUGUUAACAUAGGUUAUGAUUUCUUCAUUGUACUACUCCUAGAACACUGAGUUUUUAGAGUUGUUUGCCAUUUUUCACUGUGCCUGGUAUUAUUUACCUGUUCUAUAAGUAGGGUAGAUAUCCAAAUAUAUCACCCUGUGUUCUCACCAAAAAAUCACCGUAAAAAGCUUAAUUUCAGACCUCUUUAUGUUGGUUUUAGAAGGUAAAUGCUUACAGUAUUUUACAAUUUAAAACACUUCCAUAGCCGAAUCCACUCUACGCUACACAUACCGACAAAGCUGUAGGGAAAGUUUCUUCUCCUCCUCCAUCCCCGGCCCAAAGUACUGCUGUAGGUAGUGAUGAAGCAUCUUUACCAAGAAUUGCAGGGCACACCUAUGAGGCUCUGUGAAAUACACUGCUAGGGUAUAUAAGAAGGGAGAGCUUUCCUCUGACUUAAGGUACCAGCUUAAAUAGCUCCAGGAAAGGGAAACCACUGCCAACCGGACUCCAGGGAAAUUUUAUGGAAAUGGCAGGGCUGUGGCUAGCUGGACAGUGGGGAUGAGGCUGCUCAGGCUUCGCGCCACGUUCUCCACUGGACGGGUGGUUGGAGGGGAUAAAGCAGAGAGUUCCAGGAAUGAACGGGGAGGGUUGAAAAUGCCCGGUAUUCUAGUGGAAGCAAACUUAAAACUACUUACAUUCAUUACGUUGUUAUUUUGUAAUCUUUCCUUUAGGUUUGUAUAUAGAUCAGGUGUUCUUGUUAAACAAGGGUUAUCACACAGUAGGAGGUUAAGACUGUGAACUGCCGCCCACCCCCGCAAAAUUCCCUGUUCAAGAUGACAUUAACUCUAAACACACUUCAGAACAUUUGGGCAGCUUUUUAUAUAAUGUUUCAAUGAAGAUAAGUUUAAAUAGUAUGUGCCUUCGUGGUAAUAAAAUCUCCAUCUUCAAGCAUGAACCUGAAACGUACAUAUUUAUAUUCAGAGACUCUUAGCUUUACAGAAUUACUAAUUUCUCAAAUAGUAUGUAUUUGAACUCUAAGUAACUUUUAGGAAUACCUAUUUGUAUAUCUAAAUACUGUAGUAUAUAAAAAUGAAUAAUGCUCUUUGUAUUCAUUAUCUGGACAAUGGUUAGUUACAAGAUCAUAUGUAAUAUUAUGAUUAUCAUAAAAUGUAAAGACUUGACACCUUUUCUGCUCUUUCAGAUAACUCUAAUGAACACUCAAGGUACUUUAGCAUUUUAAAAAGUUGAAAUUUAGCUCAUGGAUGUAUUUUUUGGAUGGGAAAACAUUGGGAUGUCCUUUUCUUUUACCUAGAAUGCCUUUUUUUAUGAGUGCCUUGAAAACAAACAUUAGCUCCCUUUCUUUAUUAAUACCUAUAAAACUGAAGGUUUUCUUGAACUUACGAAAUAAUUUUAAGAAGUCUGCAGCCAGCUGCUUCAUUUCAACUUUGCUGUUUUUCAGACUCAUUUAUACUUAGGAAUAGAGGAACGCUUUUGUGUUUAUUGACAACAUACUUAAUGUUUCCAUAAAUAUGUCAACAGACUUUUUUAAACUGCAUUUAUCUUCCUUUUUAGGUAUUCAUUAUUAAAUUUUAAAAUGUAGUAUCUCUUGUUGGGAGAAUAAUUUCUUGAACCAUGUUAUGUUUUAACUGAUUUUUCUUUCCUCUAUUUCUCCAAAUAGAAAUUAUCCCUAAAUAUAAUGGUAAGUUGUAUAUUCAAAUUUUACUUAAUUUUUUGUCUUAUGAAGGGGUUAAAAGAAAGUGUUCGCCUAAACGAUUCCAUUUCCAGUUCUAUAAUGUACUUCAGGUUUUGAAUAACAAUAUUUUUACAAAUUAAAAGUAUAACAUUUGGGAAACUGAUAGCCCCACUAAAAUUUAGACCUUCUAUUACCAUUCCAAGCACAAUUCACUUCUAUACUGAAGCUCUGAUUUAAAAAAAAAAAAAAAAUUAAUCAAAAGUUAGGUUACCUUUCUUAUAACUGGAUCCAAAACAUUAAAUCAUAAGUCUGUAGGUAUUAUAAAAACCAUAUACAAAAGGUUCUUUCCUCUAGUAAGACAUGUCCUUGCUUGUUGGUUUUCCUGUUUCCCCCAUAACAUCUAAUUAUUACUGAAACUGUACUCAUAACAGUGGCACCAAAUCAAAUGAUAAUUCAAAUGCAAUGUCUUUGUUUACAGAGAUGCUAUAAAAGAGAGGCCUUCAUUUAGAAAUACGAUUUCUAAAGUUUCAGAAAACAAAAUUGAUAAAAUGUUAGAAUAUUUGAAUAACUAUUUAUAAAUCAGAAUAACAUCAAAACGGAGAAAAGGAACUAAGACUUCUGAAAAAUGAGGUAAAUAUAAAUAAGACACAUAUUUAAAGUUUGUUUUUAAUAAAUUCUUCGUUGAAGAUUUUUUAAUCUAUUCUGCAUUCCCAAGACUUUAUGUUUAUUGUAUUUUACAUGAUCUACAAUAUAUAAAAUUAUGUAUUUUUUUCUUUGGUUGUUCCUAUAAACAAAAAAGUAUUUUAAUAAAAAAUUAAAAUGAGUGUGCCAUGUUUUUGUUAACUUCGGCAUAACAAACCAAAAUAAGUUUGCCGUUUCUGUCUAGUGAGGUUAUUGUUCAAGGGAUCAGCCCAGGCAUGCCUCCUCUCUGGACGUCCCUACAGAGUCUGCUGAAACAAACGAUCUUUCACAGUUUGCUCUCUGUUUUUUCGUGGGCUUUAUUCCAAUAUGGGGAAACCUUUGAAAUGAAAUACGUACCUUCUCCUUGCUUGCUCUGUGGGCCUUGUGAUGCCAGCCAGCCUCACGAGAACUUCCUGGUGGUGGAAGGAGUCACUGAGAGAACAAGGUGGGAAGAGACUCCCGGCCGUUCCGCACUGACUCUCAAAGGGCAGUGUUACUGGAAUUGAAAGCCCUCAGCUGUACACUCGUGAAAUCAGUGUUAUUUCACAGAAUGUUUUGACAUCCUAGUGGAGGGGGGAUCUGGAGAGGGGAAAGUUCAAGAGGACAGGUUCCCCGCCUGAGUGACUUCAGGGAUGAUGGACCUGAGGGGUAGAUUAGUUUCAAGAACGAUAGUUCACUUGAGUUGGAAAGAUGUUCUUUCCGAAUGGUGGGCAGUCGUGUGGAGCCGAGGGGAGAGAGGGUCAGAGUUGGGGAUGGAGGGUGUCUCUGAGCUUGAGGAGUGAGCAGGGGCCAGACCAUGGGCAGGCUGGUGCCCAUGCCCGUCAGCUCCGCCCCCGGCGUUUUAGUCCAUGGAGCCAGUGGGCACGCCUGCAGCCUGUGGUUUAGGAGUUACGGCUUUGAGCCCUUAGAGAUUUUUCCUAACCAACAGAAAAUAAAUUCAUUCUACAUCUUUUUAUUUUGAAGUCUGUGCUGGAAGGAUGGAGGCAGCAACAGCUGCAAGGUCUGGCUUGUGAGAUGAGAACCCUCAAUGCAGAAGCAAAGACAGAAGAGACCUCUGCCCUCCCCCGGGCGUGCUGUGACUCGCAGAAGGAAGCUGGGAAAAAUGCAGAAAUGCCCUCAUUUGACUGAAGACAAAUACAAUAUCUGGAGGGAUUCACAGGAAGGUGGAAACCUUGGCCGCCUCUGGGCGGGCAAACGAGAGGCUGAAGGACAGCGUGGGAAGGAGACCGUGUCAUCACCUGAACUGUGAGCCAUGAGCAUGAGUUUACCUUUUCAAAAAAUACAUAACUAAAACUUCAGUUUCAAAAAAGACACGAACAGAAGUAUUUUUCCUUAAAAAGUCAAUUUUGUAGCACCCCAAAGCUGGGUCCCUCUCAGUGACUAGCUACCCAGUCUCUGGUAAACAUGCUAACUAACAUAUGACGGAGACAAAAUUGUGUGCCACGGAGAGUCUUGAUAGUAACUGAAAACCCCCAAACUGUUGAUCUAGUCACAUUUUUUGAUGGACGGACAAUGACAUAUAUUCAGUUCUCAAAUUCUAAUAAAUUUCUUCCAAACAGGAUCUAAGAUUUGAGCGAUAAGAUUUUAGGACAGAUAGUCCUGCGACUCUGUGUCUUUUCCUACCUGGGAUUUACUUCUUCGUCCUUAUAAAGGACUUGAAGAGUGUAAAGUGAGGCCACAGUAUUCAUUUAAACAGCCACGUCUCAACUUCCUUAAACUAAUCAGAACCAACAAAAACAUCAGCAAGAAACUCCAAACCUCGACUUUAAAAUCCCAUGAGAAUGCUCUUGAAGAAGAAUGUAUUUGUGAUUGAGUAAAGCACACUGACCUAGGACUGGCCUCCGCUGCCACGUUUACCGUCUGUGAAACUACUGCCUUCGGGGCUUUUCUCCAUUCCCUGUUCCUCCUGCCCUGAUGGUGGGGCCUCCAUGACAUUCUUGAGUUGGAAUGUCUUUGCUCGUGCCAGUUUAUAAAGAGUUCAGUACACUUGGCAGGACCCGGUGACCCGGGGGAGGAGGAAGCACCAGAGUAUGAUCGUUCUAAGGGACCUUCUGACACGAGUGCAGACCUCGGAACAUAGAGCUCGUUCCAGAAGGCCCUGGAGCACAGACUCUCAAGGGAUUCCUGGGCCCUGGCAGGAGGCCAGGCAGGCUCCUGCUCCAGGCUCCAGAAAUGGAUCAGACCCCUUGAAGGAACACAUUCUCUUAUUGAUCAGGAAUCUUGAAUGAAGUUGAAGAGGUGCAGGUGUUCGGCAACUCUGGAGACGAAAUUCAAACUGCAGAGCCCCUGCCUUCCCCUCCGCUGCCCAGGGAUGUGGGCUGCUGGGGGCCCCGUCCGCCAUGCAGGUCACCUACAGCCCUGUCUUUGUGCCCAAGGCUCUCCCAUUCUUUUUCUCUCUUUGAUUUCUAGAUGAAAAGAAAAACAAACAUCCACUGAAAAUAGGGGAAAGGAGAAAACUAUUAUGCAUUUACUGCUUGAUUUUCCUGAUAAUAAUGGAUUCGCAAAAUGGAUGGGAAAAAAAAAACCCAUGAUUCGAUCAUUUCUCAAAUUCAUAUAUUUCUCUUGAGAAAUGGGUGCACUGAGUAGACAGGCCUGGCAGUCAGGGCUGGGGCUCUUCUGGAUGCUUUCAAGGCCAAGCUAAAUGCAGAGCAAGGCAGCGGCAGGAAGCUGGCCUCACAGCACGCUCUGCUGGCCUCUCUGGUGCGUGAGGGGGCAUCUACCUGCCAGGUCCGGAGCCUGCGGGUGAUGACUGCCCUCCGGGGGUGGUGCCACGGCACCAUGCGGAGUUGCACCCCCCCCAUCAUCCAUGUUAUAGUUAGGUUAACGUGUGUGCAUUAUCUGAGCACACCUGGAAUUGCCCCACCGGUCACAGCACUCAGAGGCCAAGUCACAGUAACCUCGGGACCUGGGUCCCUUGCUGGCUGGACCAGGGAGCACGGGUGUCCCAAAGCAGCCUGCUUACCAGCAGCCGGUCUGAUGGUGAGGUGGACCUCAUAAUGUGGACCUCGGCUCUUCUCUCCCGGGUGUGGGGACCAGGAGCUGCUCAAAGAACGGUGGCUCGCGGUGGGGCCUGACCGACAGAAUGACGUCAGGAGGACCAGCAUGGCCCGAUGGGUCCUGUGCACGCCGGAAUUGUGAAGGGACAGAAAAGGGUGUAGCAGGCUGGCCAGUCCGAAGGCAUAGCAAAGCCUCCAUGGCACAGGCUCUGGGCCUGCCUGAAUCCAGAAUGAUCUCAGCCCCAUGUUUUUGGCUUUUCCUGUAUCCUUGUGUGGGUGUUUCCUUGCAACGAACCAAUUUUCUUGAGAAAUUUCAGUGAGUCUCUGUUCUUCACAGCCCCAAAUCCCAAGUAAUCCAGUGUUCUCCUAGUAUUUUUUCUCUACCCAGAUGUACCUGUGUACUUUUUCUUACAAAACCGGAUCAGUGAAAUGCUGUCUCUUUAAACUUGACAAUAUAUUGUGAGAAUUCUCAUAAAUAUCACUAAAACUUCGUAGAAUUUCCUCACCAGGUACCCAGACUUCUGAAUAGCUGUCAUCACACAGCGAAGUCCGGUCCGCUGCCCUCCUACUGGAAAGCGUCUGCCACAGAAACCCAGCACCCAGUUGGGUGAAGUUGGCCCCCCCGAGCCCAUCCAGCCCCGGUCCUGGCCACGCCUGGCCCGCCUUCCCCGGGCCUCCGAGACUUCUAGCAACAGUUCUCACUGUCUCUGGCCAAAACCAAUUUUUCAAGAGCAGAAACAUAUUGGAACUGUCAAAAGAACAUGAAAUGAAAAAAAAAAAGAAAAAAAAAAAACAUGAAA